AUGGACUUAGCUGUCACGCGUGACGUGUGGUGCAGCAUCAUCUAUCCACAAGACAAGGAAGGAGGAAGCGUUGUGUUACUUGACGUUGAAGGCACAAAUUUGGGCGAUGACGCCGUUACAACUCAUUUGAGCAUGUUUACAGCCCUGGUUUCUUCUGGCCUGAACGUUUUUGUCCGCGAUGUGUUUCAAAACAACAAUCUACACUUUUUGUUCCACAUGUCACGCUUAAGUGAUCAGAUUUUUCCUAACAUUACUAUCGAAAACUUUCCCAAACUUCAGGUGGUUAUUCGAGGUGCACUGGGUGAUCCUGAUGGGGGCAAAACAAUCGAAGAUUACACAAAGGAUUGCAUCGUGGAAGAAUCCUUUCAGGAGAGCAUGAAAGAAGAGAGAAAAGCCAUCGCAAAGCACUUCCCGAGGAACCAAAUUAUAGUAAGUCAGAUUCCGCAAGUGGAACGUGAUCUUUUCAAAGAUUUCGAUAAAUUACGAAAGAGUGACUACUGGCAAGAAAUGAGGCGACUGGUUGAAAAACUUAAAAAGUUUCCCAUCAAAAAGACCUUAGGAGGAAGUCCUAUGGAUGGACAAGGAUUAGUAGAAUUGGCCUGGUAUCUUAAAGAUACGAUGAAUGCGGACUCGUGGCUGGACUUUGGAAACGUUUAUACUGCGCUGGAGAAAAAUAUUUGUAAGAGAAGCCGCGUGAAACUUAUUGAGCCGCUAUUUGCGUUGCCAACCGCAGACGAAAUAGAAACAAGAAUAGAGGACGCUUUAAGGAACUUUGCAAUGGACUGUGAGUUGCAAACCGAAAUUUCCGCUGUGCAUAAAGAUCUACAGCACUUUGCUGGUGAGAAGAGAAAAGCUGACGAACUAGAAUUGAAGGUGAAAGAAGCGGAGAGCCAGAGGAAAGCUGUUGAAAAGAAAAGUGAAGAGCAAAAACAAAAUUUUCAAUAUCAGAUGUCAGCGAAAACUAUGGAAAUCGAGAGGGUAAAAAGAGAAAAGGAAGAAGCUGAGCUCAAGGAAAAGAAUUUAAAACAACUUCACCAGGAACAAAUGAAGACCAUCGCUUUACUCAAGGAAGAACUAAGCAAAAAAAGUAGUGGCUUUUUGGAUUUUAUUGCACCUGUGGGACUUGGGCUUGCUCUUGGCGGUAUGUUAAGCGACCAUAAAUUGAAGGAAAACAUUACAACUUUGCCCUGCUCGCCAUAUAGGGCAAUUGGACUUAAUGCAGUUUGCUGGGAAUGGAAUGAAGUUGCCAAACAAAAAUUUGGGCUGAGCGGUAAGGACUGUGGAGUGAUCGCACAGGAAGUCAAGAAGCUUUACCCACACGCUGUCACCACAGCAAUCAAGGGGUACUUGACAGUGCGCUAUGACAUGCUAAACAAGAUGAUUUACAACUUUCCUGAUAAGAACCAUCACCUUGAUUACAACAUGAACUGGACUAAAUGAUAAUGAGGGAAUGAUAUUAAACUCAAGAAGCUCUUGAUUGUUAAACAAAUUCUCCCUGCCAGCACCCCUGGAAUUGUUUUGAGAACAGUGUGGAGAAUAUGCAUACUGAUGUUACGGUUUUGUAAAAGGCUAAGCAGUUUGUUGGU